AUAAAAAAUAAUAAAUUUUAUAAUCGUUUCACAAUUUUGCCCUUGUAGAAUGCCGCUCGGCCAUUACCCUCCAAAAACGCCAUUGUGUUCGUGUGCCUAAGACGCAACAGUCACCGGCAGUCAUCACAAAAUGGCGAACUCCAUUGAAGCUAAGCUCGAACUUUUCCUCCAAUGGUUACAGGUUAAUGGAGCAGAACUUCGAGGUUGCACGAUCAAAUAUAGCGAUUUAAGCAAAGGAUGUGGACUUUUUUCUGCUAACGAUGCCUCUGACGGGGUUCUAUUAGUUGUUCCCCUAAAUUUAGCUAUUACUCCAAUGAGAGUUUUGCAAGAUCCUCUUUAUGGACCAGAGUGUAGAGCAAUGUAUGAAGAAGGUGAAGUAGAUGAUAGAUUUUUGAUGAAUUUAUUUCUCAUGGUUGAGCGGCUGCGUGAAAAUUCUUCAUGGAAACCGUACCUUGAUGUGCUUCCUGCAAGAUUUGGGAAUCCACUUUGGUUUACUGAUAACGAGCUUUUGGAACUGAAGGGUACUACACUUAAUCGAGCAACUGAACUGCAGAAAAAAUCAUUGCAGUCAUUGUAUGAAAAAAAAGUGAAGAAAUUGGUUAAUAGAUUGUUGACUCUUGAUGGGUCUUCAGUAAGGGAGUUGAGCUUUGAAGAUUUCCUAUGGGCAAAUUCCAUUUUUUGGGCACGUGCCUUGAACAUUCCAAUGCCACAUGCUUAUGUGUUUCCUAAAAUUGAAGAAGAGAUUGGAAGUGUCUCCUUGACCGAAGAAAAUACUGAGGUUUCAACUUCUACUGUCUCCAAGGUGCAGUUGGCUUGCCCGAAAAAUGAAGAUGGAUGUGAAGAUCAUCGGAUGACUGAUAGCACAGCUAGUGAAAAAACAUUUGGGUCUCUGAAACAAGAAACUGUUUGGGUGGAGGGUCUUGUUCCUGGCAUUGACUUUUGCAAUCAUGAUCUGAAAGCAACAGCAACAUGGGAAGUUGAUGGACCAGGAUCAAUUACUGGAGUGCCUUUUUCAAUGUACCUCCUCUCUGCUGGUGCAAGGUCUUCUAGAAUUGAGGAGGUUUCAAUCAGUUACGGUAACAAGGGGAACGAGGAGCUUCUUUAUCUUUAUGGAUUUGUCAUUGAAAAUAAUCCAGAUGAUUAUCUCAUGGUACACUAUCCUUUAGAAGCCAUCCAGAAUGUUCCUUUUUCUGAUUCGAAGAUGCAGCUCCUUGAAGUACAGAAGGCUGAAAUGCGAUGCCUUUUACCAAGAAGAUUGCUGGAUCAUGGAUUUCACCCACCAAAAACCUCAAAUAUCCAACAAAGUGAUGUCUGUAGCAACAGAGCCUGCAAUUACAGCUGGAGCGGUCAGCGCAAGAUACCUGCUUACUUGGACAAGCUGGUUUUCCCUGAGAAAUUUUUAACUGCCUUAAGAACUAUAUCUAUGCAGGAGGAUGAGCUUAUGCAAGUUUCAUCAUUACUGGCAGAGGUUGUUGGACCUGAAGGGGAUAAGCAGCCCACUGAAACUGAUGUGGAAGCAGCAGUCUGGGAGGCUUGUGGUGACUCUGGAGCCUUGCAAUUACUUGUUGAUCUUCUUCAAAAGAAGAUGAUGGAUCUUGAAGAGGGCACCGGAACUCUGGAAAGCGACACUAUGAUGCUAAAAGAGGUCCAAGUGAUUGAAAGCAUGAACGUUAAUGGCUCAUGUCCGGAAUCUGCAAGCCGCAGCAGAAGGUCAGAUGAUGGCAGGAAGGAACGAAAAUGGGUGAGCAGGAAUGAGUGGUGUAGCAUUGUUUAUCGCCAGGGUCAGAAGCAGCUAACCACUCUAUUUCUGAAGGAGGCAGAACACGCUUUGCAAUUGUCUUUAAGCCAGGAAAACUGAACAUCUCUUAAGGUUUCUAUCUGUUUCUUUGUUAUUUAAAUGCAUGGAAAUGUCUUCUUUUUUCCUGAUCUUCCUUAUACUUAUCGUUUCAUAUAAAAAAAAACAUACUCCAUAA